AUGAGCAGCACCGAAACAGCAACAAAUCCUACAACAACACCAAGCAAUCCUGAAGCAGGAGCAAAAUCUACUACCAACAAUGCUGGUGUUAGAAGAAGAGGACGCGGAGGAAGUCGUGGAGGAAGUAGAGGUGGAAGAUCAUCUUCAUCUGGUGGUAAGCCUUCUCCAAAGAACGAACAACAACAACAAUCAACUCAACCAGCAGCAACUACUUACUCGGAUUCCACCCAACAACAACAACAAACAAAGCCUAGAAAACCAAAGCAAGAAGGCUCUGCUCCUGCUACUAGUAGUAAUGGCUCAAGUGCUGAACAACAACCAAAGGAACCAUCAGCAACAUCUCAAAAGAAACCAAGAAGAAAAUUCAGAAAACCAAAACAACAAGAUUCAUCCACCACUCCACAGGAACAACAACAACAACAACCUAAGGAACCAAAGCAAGCUGCUGAAUCAUCCACAUCUCCCCAAACCACUGAUAAGCCAAAACCCAGAAUUCCAAAAUUCAUCAAGAUAAAGGAUGUUGAGCCAGGCGCAGCAGGUUUUUAUCCAGGCCAAGGAGGUUUUAACAUUGUCUGUAAGGUUGUAUCCAUUGAGGUUGUUGCUGAGACCAAGGACACUGCAGUCUGUGAAGUUACCGUAGGAGAUGAGACUGGCUGUGUCGUCUUGUCUGUUCAUAAGGAUCAAUUGAAAGAUGUCAAGGUUGGAAACUCAAUCAUUUUGCGUAAUGCCAAAAUUACACUUUUCAAAAAGAGUUUGCGCUUGAAGGUUGACAUGUGGGGUAAAAUUCAACACUUUGAGGAAGGUAAAAAGCUUGUUAGCGUUCCUUUGAGCAAUGAGUUCACCGUAAAUACUUCUAAAAAUUUGUCAAAGGACGGUACUUAUGAACCACUUCAAAACUAA